AUGGAUCCAAACAAACCCCCAGUAAAAAAGCAAAAGCUCAACGAGCUUGGGUUUAUCGGUCAGCCAGCAACGGAAGAAUCACCCGUCCCUGAUACGACUCCUAGGAAGAGAAGAUCUGGGACUGCACAAGUGGAUUACACUGAACCUCCGACCUCACCAACAUCUGCGCCCGUUGAAAAGUCUACAGAUUCCUCCUUUGAGGUAUCAUCUGAGCCCGUUGUAUGUUCUCAAACUAUGAUGACAUGAAAUUAAUACCCCCCAAAAUCAUUUUGAAAAUACACAUAUCAGCUAACAGCUCUCAGAAACAGGCAGGCCCUAGAAAGUCAGCACCCCAGAAAAAGGGACCAGCAUCAUCUGCAAAAAAGUCAGCAAGCAAACGAAAGGCUGUGGAAGCUCCAAGUCCACAGAAUACAACUCUGGAACAAUAUUUUACCAAGAAGGUUGAUGAUGUUGUGGUGGCUGUGGAUAACAAACCGAUGGACUAUGAGGACUUCAAAGAAGUGAAACAACAAAAGGCGAUUCAGGCAGAAGAUCAAGAUGAGGAAAUUGACGAUACCAAACUUGGCAAAGUCGUUAAAGCGUAUCUUCUAUCAAGGGAAUACCUUUCCAAGCCUGCUCCCGUUGGACAGCCAGAAGCUUGGGCCCAUGUGCGACAAGCACUUUGUGAUACCUACAAAGCUUUCCAAGCUCUACAAGGUGGAACAUACCGUACCGCAGGUAAAGCCUGUGGCCUGCUUGUGAAUACCAUGGUUGGUGACAGAGAUUAUUUUGAUGAAGACGUUAUCAUCACUACAUGGUAAGAUCUUCUCGUUAUUUUGAUGGUGAUGUUUUCUAACUGUACUUAGCGGUGGCGGUAGGUCAAAGGUUGGUGACAAGAUGAUCCAGAACAGCGACCAAAAGCCUGAUGACAAUUUUGCCAAAUGUUGGAUGGCGUCCAUGGAGAGCAAUACAGCUGUUAUUGUCAUAGCUGGUAAGCUAUCUUUGAAUUCUUCUCCAUUCAAUUUUAUUAACAACCUUUUAGGCCAGUGUAACAAGAUCAGUCCAUGUAAACUACCAUACGCAUUCAAUGUCCUGGGCUGGUAUCAAAUUACCAAUGUUUGGACUGAGCUGAGAAACAAAUUCAAGACCUGGUGCGUGAGACUUGAAAGAGUCAACCUUGAACAACAACCAUGGUAUAUGCCAGAGGGAAAUGAUUACAAGCCAAAGCCAUAUACUACAAUCUCUUCCUCUCAGACUUGCACAGAUGUGUUAGGCGAGAAAGGGUGUGGCCAAACCUACGAGGCUAUCUUCAGCAUUGGAUGGCUCUGUUUGAACCCAUCCUGCAAACGUUUUUUCAAGCAUCCCAACUAUAAUGGCGACGGAACAUUGACCUACGCUUCUGACUUUUUGGAAAAGCGCACGCCUUUCACUGGGGAAGAUCCUGGUCCUGUCGUGCCUCCAUUGCCGGAAUCAGAGGACCUUAUUCAAUCCAGCAGCUGGGGAACUGAGAAAGCUUAUUUGAAAGGCAUUGUAUGCCCAAGGUGUCGUUGCUGCAGUAGACGCUUGGAGUGGGCAGAAUGGGCUUGCGAAAAUCCACGAUGCGACUUCACCUAUCGACUCAACCAACCAGUGAUCCCAGCAGCACUGGCAAUUUCAGACACAACCAUUGGAGAUCCCGCAAACCUCAGAUACCACGUUGAUGAUCAAGUCAUCAAAUCCAAACCGAUGACCUUAGGUCCGAAUUACAUUUACUACGCUUAUGAGCUGCCAUUUCCAAUUGACGGUGGUGGUUACGGUCGUGUGUAUCACAUCAAGUCUAAUGGUAACAUCAAUAAGGCUGCAGACGGCCCAAAUCAAAUGUUUGAGGAGAUGCAAAGUGAAGACUUUGGGCUAAAGAGAAAUCCUGUGAGGAACGCUGGAAAGGAUAUUGAGGUUGUUACCAGACAUUACAGCGCGAACUACGUAAGUUAUCUAAAAUUGCACAAGUAAAACUGGUAUACUAACCAAAACAUAGGGUGCUCCAUACAAGUUUGGAGUCCUUCAGGGUACUUCAAAACCCUUUUCAGAGGCUCCUCCCACUACUCUCAAGGCUCUCAAAAGAGUUCAGUGGAUGUGUGAAGAGCUGUUCAAGAAGGAGGGCAACGUUGAAGACCAUAAAUCCUCUCCAAGUCAACUCAAAGAAUUCAAUGAAGUCCUCAAUGUUGGAUACUUUGAGACCUGUCGCAUGGGCUACCAUGAUGACGGGGAGUCGACCCUGGGGCCCACUGUCGCCAGUUUAUCUUUUGGAGCUUCAGCGACGAUGUCCUUUCGACCCAAGAAUAAAUCCAAAAUCCCUGGUUGCAAAAGCAGUGGCAAAAGCCAUAAGGGCGAUAUUCUUAGGAUCAUUCUACAACAUGGCGACAUUAUGGUGAUGGACGGUUCAGAUGUUCAAGUCCAUUACGAGCACAAAGUGGAGUCCCAUGGACGCUUGAGAUAUGCGAUGACAUGCCGUCAUAUCAAGAUUGAUACCAUUGAGUAUGAUCCCAAAGUUCUCAAAGGACUUCCAAAGAAAGAAGCUAGGGCUAAGGCAAAUGAGCUGAGGGAGACUGCUGCAAAGGCAGCUCUGAUGCCUGAAGGACAUGAACGCUUUGACUACGAUGGCAAUGAAGUAGUUCCAGAACCUGAGGAGGCGCAAGACUCAAAGGCUUAUAUUAAGCACUGUCUUGACAAGAUUAAGGCAAGAGUCACUGCUGGCGAUAUCAGCAAAGAAACCGCAAUUGCUCUCGUCAAUGAGUUUAUGGAGAGUUUAUGAAUAAUUCAGGUUGGGGCAGAUUAACGAUUUGGGUUUUUCGUAGGUCCAUUGUUUUCCUCAGCAAGCAUCAUCAACCACACAACGAUUAUAUGGAGAAGUGGGGGCGGUUUCUUUUUCAGAGGCUGAUCGCACUCUCCUGUUGCGGAUCUAGCAUACUUUUGAUCUAGGGAUCUCAGCGUUGAAUUUGCUUUUCAAUUCACUUGCGAAUUGGCUUCCUCUGGGAUUUCACAAUUCUUUUCAACAAUCUUUCUAUGAUUUGGGGACGUGGAAGAUAGAUCUUCUCAGAUGUUUUCCUUCCUUUUCCUUUGUUUUUCCUUGUUUUGAUCUCAAGACGAUUCAGAGUUCACAGAUUUGGGAGGUCAUUCAUAUUGCUUGGCUUGCGCAAUUGGGUUUAUGGUUGUUAAUUUCGGUGCCAGUGAAGGACAUGCAGAGCACAUAAAAGGAGUGAUUGAAAUGGAUCGAAUGGCGGAGGAUGAGUUUUCACAUAGCUAGGUAGCUCAGCAAGCAAGCAGAUAUUUUCACACAAUUACU